GCGAGUUCUUUAAAGAUGGCCGGGGUGGCGGCGGCGGCGGCGGCUACGGCAACAACGGCAGCAGCAACAACAACAACAACGGCGGCGACCCCCGUGUACUGCGUGUGCCGGGAGCCUUACGAUGUGAGCCGCUUCAUGAUCGAGUGCGACAUAUGCAAGGACUGGUUCCAUGGCAGUUGUGUCAGAGUAGAAGAGCACCAUGCUGUUGACAUUGAUCUGUACCACUGUCCCAAUUGUGCAGUUCUUCAUGGACCCUCCUUGAUGAAGAAUAGAAGGAACUGGCACAGACAUGACUAUACAGAAUUUGAUGAUGGUUCCAAGCCAGUACAAGCUGGAACAAGAACAUUUGUUAAACAGCUACGUGCUCGCUCCUUCCCAAGUGCUGAUGACAUCAUUUUGAAAAUGCAUGGCAGCCAGUUGACACAAAGAUACCUGGAGAAGCAUGGGUUUGAUGUUCCAAUUAUGGUUCCUAAGUUAGAUGGCCUAGGUCUCAGGCUUCCUCCCUCUACUUUCUCUGUUCUGGAUGUGGAACGAUACGUAGGUGGUGAUAAAGUGAUAGAUGUUAUUGAUGUGGCAAGACAAGCAGACAGUAAAAUAAAGCUCCAUAAUUAUGUUAAGUAUUUCACAAAUCCUGACAGACCAAAAGUAUUAAAUGUGAUCAGCCUUGAAUUCUCAGACACAAAGAUGUCUGAAUUAGUGGAAGUCCCUGAAAUCGCCAGAAAACUUUCUUGGGUUGAAAACUACUGGCCAGAUGAUUCAGUCUUUCCUAAGCCUUUUGUUCAGAAGUACUGCUUAAUGGGAGUUCAAGAUAGCUAUACAGAUUUCCAUAUUGAUUUUGGGGGAACUUCUGUCUGGUAUCAUGUUCUCUGGGGUGAAAAGAUAUUCUACUUGAUCAAACCUACUGAUGAAAAUUUGGCAAUCUACGAAUCUUGGAGUUCAUCUGUCACCCAGAGUGAAGUGUAUUUUGGAGAUAAAGUUGACAAGUGUUACAAGUGUGUAGUGAAGCAAGGACAUACUUUAUUUGUUCCCACAGGUUGGAUUCAUGCUGUGCUCACUUCUCAGGACUGUAUGGCUUUUGGAGGAAACUUUUUGCACAACCUCAAUAUUGGCAUGCAGCUCAGGUGUUAUGAAAUGGAGAAAAGGCUAAAAACCCCAGAUCUUUUCAAAUUCCCUUUCUUUGAAGCCAUCUGUUGGUUUGUGGCCAAAAACUUACUGGAAACUUUGAAAGAACUGAAAGAGGAUGGUUUUUACCCUCAAACCUUCUUAGUACAAGGAGUGAAAGCUUUACUUACUGCUUUAAAGUUAUGGAUGAAAAAAGAUCUUGUAACAGAACAUGUCUUUGAAAUUCCAGACAAUAUAAGGCCUGGACAGCUAAUUAAAGAACUAUCUAAAGUAAUUCGUUCUGUAGAGGAGGAGAACAGCAAACCAGUUAAAACUCAGGGAAUUAUUGGUGUGUGCCAAGUUUCGCGAUCAUCAAAUGAAUCAGCCUCCACCCAUCAUUCCAGACGAAAAGCAAGGAAGCUACGGGACCAUGCCAUCAAAACUCCAUCUAAUUUGGACAUCUUGGAGCUCCACACAAGAGAAGUUCUCAAAAGACUAGAGAUGUCCCCAUGGGAAGAGGACACAGCAAAUGGUAAACUGAAUGGAAGGUUUAACAAGCCUCUUCAGCCAUCUUCUACUGUUCCUGAAUGGAGAACGAAGGACAAUGAUUUACGGCUUUUGCUGUCAAAUGGAAGAAUAAUUAGAGAUGAGAGGCAACCUUUUAGAGAUCGAAGUCUUUACACCGCAGACAGUGAAGAUGAGGAUGAGAGAGCAAAGUCAGAGAAGGAAAUAACAGUUAAGGCAGAAGAACAGAUCUCCCAGGAGGCAGAUGGCAGUGUAGAUGCUCAGAAACCACUGAACAUGUUCUUUGAAAGUGUGAAAUCAGAACUCAGGAAUGGAAACUCAGAAUACUCUGAUAUUUCUGAUUCAGAAGAAUCUGAGCCUGAUUGCACUAACCAGCAAAAAGAUUUCUCUCUUGAGGAGUCAGAAAGCUCAGGUGAUGAGAAACAAGAAGUAACUUCAAAUUUUAGAGAGGAAUCUAAAAUAACAAAUGACCUCUUUCAAACCAUGCAGAAGCCAUCUAGACAUCUAGAAAUGACAAUUAAAACGGAAUGUCCUACCUCGACCAGUACGGAGGAAGAAGCUAUUCAGGGCAUGCUUUCUAUGGCAGGAUUGCACUAUACCACUUGUUUACCGAGUCAUAUGCAGAGCACAGACUGCACUGAUAGAAGAAGCUCUCUUCAGGAACACAGAAGCUAUUCCAAAAGUAGGCAUAAAGACAAGCUGUCUUCCCAGAGUCAUAAAGCAGAAUAUGGUAAGCACAUAAAAGAAGAAAAAGAUGUGGGCGUUUCAACAUUUGCUACACAAUUACAUGCAGUUUCUAAAGUAAAUCUCAGGAUACAAGUAGCUCAGAAAUACUUCAAGAAGGAAGGUGCUUCUGAGAUCAGUUAUAAAAUUCCAGAAAACAGGAUCCAUUUACAAAACAAUGCUUUGAACCUUCCCCACGGCAAGUGCAUCCAGGACUCGAGCUUGAUGGAAGGGGAGUGCAGGCUAAGUGAUGGCAGCCUCAGUCCUGACAGGCCAUACGGUGAAACAUCGUUGUCUGUACCUCUUCAUCCAACUAAGCGGCCAGCAUCAAAUCCACCCCCUAUCAGCAAUCAGGCAACAAAAGGAAAGCGUCCAAAGAAAGGAAUGGCAACUGCCAAGCAGCGCCUAGGGAAGAUUCUAAAGCUGAACCGAAAUGGCCAUGCACGCUUCUUUGUUUGAUGCAGUAGCUGCUACCGCUGCUGCUGCUGCUGCUGCUGUCCUUUUUAUGCACGGACCAGUACUGAGGGGGAACAGUGCCUGGAGCUUCUGUUUUAUUCCUCUGCUUGAAGCAGAAUGCAUGUACCUUAUUAGAACACUGCCUAAUGAACAAAAACUCAAUGCUGCAUUUUCACUGUGCCACACCUGCUCAGCAAUAACCAUUUGGGAAACAGGGGAAUAUUCAGAGAGACUAUGGACUUGGGAGAUGGUCUUUCUUCAGGGCUCAAUCAUUUUGUUGUUUCUGGUAGCAUCUGAGCUAAUUCACAAACAGAAGAGUGUGAUGAAGGUGGUUAUCAAUAAUUUAUUUGACAGAUUUUUUUUUGCAACUAUUGAAUUCAUUUUAAAACUAUUAUUUGGAAAACUCUUUGUGGGAAUUACGAUUUUUAUUUUAGAUGUUGAGAAUGUGAAGGUUUUUGUUUGUCCUUAAUGUCUGUCUGUCUGUCUGUCUCCAGUGCAGAGCCACAUGAAUGAUUUACUCUGCAUUCAAACAAUUGAUAACAGGUAUAGUCUUAAACAUGGAUGUGAUGCAUUAAGUUAAGGCACAUGGAAUCACAUGUUAAUUUCCGCUCUUUAUAUAAGCUCUUGACUGGCUUUUGUACUGACUUCUAAAGUACGUAUUCUUUGCCAGUUAACCUUUCUCUUCUUGCUCCUCCCUCUUCCUCCUCUCAUGUUUUGCCAUUGUUUCUGGAUGUUAAAUUGGCAUAACGUUACUAAGAGCUCUUUUCACACAUGUGUGCUUCCCUCCUCCUGCCUAUUGUUUCCAUAUUAUGGAGAACGAUUCAUGCUAAGCAUGGGUAGCUGUAAACCAAGGGUAGCACUGCAGCUAUUACUGAUUUAAGUGUAGACACUUAAAAUGCUUUUUUCGAGGAAAGGCUAUUGCAGCAGAGUAUUGCAGCUAUCUACACAUGCCAGCCAAUGAAAGGUCUUAAGUUUUUGUAUAUAUGUAAAUAGUUUCAUAGCUUGCUAAAAAUCAGAAUGACUAUUUUGCGUCAUGCUUUGCAAAUAUCCAGUAGUAAAUGCCAAUUCUGAAAUACAUGUAAAUAACUUAGAUGAUAAAUUUGUAUUUUUGUAAUAUAAAUUGAAUAUUUAAGCUGUUUUUGGAGGAAAAGGGGAGGCACCUGUUCUACUACCUUUGGUAAGAGGGCUAUUCAGUACUAAAGUGGGAAUACUAGGGAUACCGCUUUGGAUUUCUUCUUCUGUUGAUAAAGAGUUAAAGCAUGGCCAAAGCUACUCAGUUUGCUUGACUUCUGUUAACUUCAAUAAAAACUCCAAGCCUUCAGGUUAUAUCAAAAAUAAAAUAUCUUAAAAGUCCCCAAAUAGGACUUUUCUGUGCUUAAACCAUUUUA